AUGACUAAAAUUCAAGGUAUUUUUGCUGCUGUCCCAUCUCCUCUCACUGCUGAUGCUAAAGAGAUUGAUAUUACAAAUAUUGCUAAACAGGUCGACAGGUUUGCUGAUGCCGGAAUUCAUGGUGUCGUAACCACUGGAACUACUGGUGAAUUCCCAGCUCUUACUACUGAAGAACACAAGAGUGUUAUCAAAGCUUACGUUGAUGCUGCUAAGGGAAGAUUUCCAGUUAUCGCUGGUCUCGGUAGUAACAGCACUCAACAUGCUAUUGAAAUGGCACAAUUCUCCGAAAGCGUGGGUGCUGCAGCCAUUAUGCUUGUUCCUCCAUUCUACGAUCCUCUUUCUUUCAAGGCACUUUACAAAUUUUAUGAAGAUGUUUGUGGAUCUAUCAAAAUUCCUGUCAUGUACUAUAACUUACCAGGAGCUACUGGUGUUCAUCUUACUGCGAACAAACUUAGAGAACUUGGAGAAAUCAAGGGAUUUGAUUAUAUGAAGGAUACUUCUGGUAACGCUAAGGAGCUUGCUGAUCUUCUUACGAAUCCUUCUGAUAAGAUUACUGCAUUCAAUGGAUGGGACACUUUAACCUUUUUUGCUAUGUCCCACGGGGCACAAGCUGGUGUUUGGGGAGCCGCAUCUGUUGUUCCAAAGGAAUGUGUCGAACUUUGGAAUACUUUUACAAAAGAAAAGAACCUUGACAAGGCUAGGGAACAAUGGAAAUUUCUCUGGGAAGUCAGCGAUUUCUUGGAGAGUGUGAACUAUCCAGCUGGUAUUAAGGCAGGCCUUGAUAUUAUCGGUCAAUCUGCCGGGCCUGUUAGACUUCCAACUCUUCCAUUAGAGAAAGAAGAAAUUGCAAAAUUCACCAGGAUUCUUGAAAAGAGAAAGUACAAAUAA